AUGUCAUUAUUCCCCAUCAGUCUUUUCACUCGUCAAAGAACUAUUGAAAGCAAAGGAAACCGUCCAAGAAUGCUCUCUUCUCAAGGAGGAGGCGGAGAUGCUUAUCAAAAAAUCCAAGACUUGCAAGAGCAGCUUAAUAUAGAACGUACAAAAAAUAUUCAAUUACAAGCCCAUCUCCAGCAAGCCGAGAGAUCUUUAGCUCAAAAAGUUAUUGAUUAUCAAACUACAAUAGCUGCCCUUAAAGCUGAGCUAAAAGAAACUCGUAUGGGCCCAUCUCCUAAUUCAGAAAGGACCAAAAGCAGCCUAGAACAAGUCGAUAGCCUUCAUAGAAAACUUAUGAUCGCAAUAUCCAGUUUUAAAAAAGACAUGCAAAAUGAGCUCUUAGACCAAGAAAAAGAUAUUGUUAGGAUUUUUGAUAUGAAAUUAGGGAGAAUCUGUGAAGACCUUGAAGAAAAAAGACAAAAAAAAGUUGAAGAAAUUUCAUCAUUAGUCAAAAAUGAAGGUAAAAUUUCUAAAGAAUUGGAAAUGCUGAGAUCUUCAGCUCAGAUUAUAGAUAGUAAAAAUCUGAGUCUUGAACAAGAAAAUAAGCAGCUGAAAAUUGAAUUGAAAAUUAAAGAAAGCGAAUUACGAGAGUUGAUGGAAAAGUAUUAUCGAGUGAAAAAACAAUAUGAAAAUGAAGAAGAAAAGUUUGAAAUGACAGGGACUAUGAGGUCAGUUUUCACAGCAAACUCUCCGAAAUCAGUUACAAGACAAAUUGAAACUGCUUUAACAAUAAAUAAUCCACAGAUUGAAAGAUAUGAAGGAGUGAUUGCAAGACUGAAGAAAUUACUAGAAAUAGAGAGAAAAAAUUUAAGAGCUGCAAGAACUGCUUAUACAAGAGAGAUUGAAUCAAAAACUGAAGUAGAAAUGAUCCUAAGAAAAUGCAUUGAAAAUGUUAGAAAUGAAAUAAUUAAGAAAAGAGGAAUGUACAAAAAAAGUGAGGCUGAAGAAAGAGAAAUGGUAGUGGAGCAUUUAUUGAAUUCAGAAGAAGUACUUACAAGUAUUUAUGAUAAAGCUUUUCCAAGGAGUAAUGGAUCUCUUUAA